CCAUUUGGGCAGGGUGGGGGUCGUACGGAAGGGGGUUUCGCCCCCGCCCCCGCCCCCGGCAAACGGGGCCCUACGUUGGAGUGUCCAUUAUGAUACGAGGGUUGAAAUUCCGUAACAAAAUCCUCAGCCUUCUUCUCUAGAGAAAUGGAGAAUUGAAUCCUUCUGUGGGAAUUUUAUUCGUUAUUUUUGGGUGAAAGUGAUGCUGCACACACGCUCUCUACCCUCGCUCGCUAGACCGUCUCCUCUCUUCUCCUUCUUCGUCAAAUUCCCAUUUGCAGUCCACCUCAGCAACACUUGCCGUCCUCUUCUCAGCCACUGCGCCACCGCUCAUUUAUUUACCAAGCCUAUACUCGUUAAUGCUGCUUCCCCUUGCUUCUCCAUGAACAAAGUAAGCCAUCACUACCUGUCAACUCUCUGCACUGCCACUCGACCUACCCACGAUUCCCAUGCUCAAUUGCCUACCAAUUCUAUGCUUUCCAACAAAUCCAAGAAAAAAGCACGCUACGAUUCGCCUGAAGGAGUGCUUAGAAAGAAUCUAGAUAUGUGCUCAAAGCGCGGCGACAUGGUUGAAGCGCUUCAGCUUUACAACGAGGCACGGCGGAGUGGGGUUCAGCUUAGCCAACACCAUUACAACGUGUUGCUCUAUCUGUGCUCUUCUUCAGCUGGAGGUUUGGGUCUGGAUAGGGGUUUUGAGAUAUUUCGGCAAAUGUUAAUGGAUAAAGUUGUGCCCAAUGAGGCCACAUUUACUAGUGUUGCGAGGAUUUCUGCUGCCAUGGAAGACCCUGAGAUGGCUUUUGAUUUGGUCCAGCAGAUGAAGGGCUUUGGUAUUGCACCCAAGUUGAGGUCAUAUGGCCCGGCCUUAUUUGGGUUCUGUGAGAAGGGAAUGGCAGAUAGAGCUUAUGAAGUCGAUUCUGAUAUGGGUGCAUCUGGGCUGGUGGCUGAGGAGGCUGAGCUGUCUGCGAUUUUGAAAGUGAGUGCCAAUGCCAAGAGGGCAGACAAGGUUUAUGAGAUGAUGCACAGGUUACGAGCCACAGUGAGGCAAGUCUCAGAGCUGACUGCUGAGAUUAUUGAGAAUUGGUUUAAAUGUGACGAGGCCGCUAAAGUUGGGGAGGAGACUUGGGAUUUGAGUAAAGUCAGGGAGGGAAUUGUGAAGGGAGGUGGAGGUUGGCAUGGCCAGGGGUGGCUGGGCAGUGGGGAUUGGAGCGUGACAAGGACUCACAUGGAUGAGACCGGCAUUUGUCAUUCAUGUGGCGAAAAACUUGUUUGUAUUGAUAUUGAUCCGAAGGAGACAGAAAAUUUUGCUGUCUCAUUAACCAACUUGGCUUGCCAAAGGGAGGUCAGGGCGAAUUUUGUUCGGUUCCAGGAGUGGCUUCAGCAGCGGGCUCCAUUUGAUGCUGUUGUAGAUGGUGCCAAUGUGUCUAUGAACCAGCAUAAUUUCAGCUUUUUCCAGCUUAAUUCUGUUGUAAAAAAACUACGUCAAAUGAGUCCUUCGAAGAGAUUGCCCCUUAUUAUUUUGCAUAAAAAUCGUGUAACUGGUGGUCCUGCUCAACAACUGAAUAACAAAAAGUUGAUAGAGAUUUGGAAAAAGUCUGGCGCUCUUUAUGUUACUCCUCCUGGUUCAAACGAUGACUGGUACUGGUUAUAUGCAGCUGUUACUUGUAAGUGUUUACUGGUCACAAAUGAUGAGAUGAGGGACCACUUGUUCCAAUUGCUAGGGACUAGCUUUUUUCCAAGAUGGAAGGAAAAGCAUCAGGUUCGACUGUCAUUCUCAUCAGAGUGCGGGCCCACUCUCCACAUGCCUCCUCCUUAUUCAAAUGUUCUUCAGGAGUCAGAAAGGGGUAGUUGGCAUGUUCCAACGAUCACAGGCGAUGAUGUUGAGUCCCCAAGACAGUGGUUGUGUGCCCUUAGAGCCAGAAACAAAUCAUUGCAUCAUAUCUGAAGACAGUUUUCCCAUGUGUUGAGAGGUGGAUGAAGAUUGUUGGUACAAUUCGAUGCCACCUCACUCGACAUGGGAUCUUCCAAAUCAUGGGCACUUGGCACCAAAACUUGAUGGAGGUGGCCCGGCGGGUGAUUACGUUAGUACAAACGGGGUAAAGUGCUCUCGAGUAUUCAAGAGUCGAGACACAACCAUUUCUCAUAGUGUACGAGAAGCGUAUCUAGAGUGAAUCCACCCUCUUUUUACAAGUCUCCUUUUAAAUUGUUUCCUUGUUAAAGAGGUUUGGACAGUGAGUUGAGUUGAAUUGAGAUGAAAAUUAAAAGUUAAAUAAAAUAUUAUUAGCUUAGCAUGUAUCCCAUAUCUAGCACAUCAUCGAGAUUAUGAGUUAACUUCUAGCUUGUAUUUUGUCACGGGGGACUUAAUUUCUGCCUACUUCUUCCGUAAGGUUGUCCAUCUAUAUCUAUUCGAUAAAUAAAAAGAGGUUCAUGGAUAGUAA